CUUCCACGUGUGUGUCCCGCGAUGCGCUGGUCCACACGCACCAGCCGCCCGCAGUCCUGCCGCCCCCCCCCCCCGCCUCCCGCGGGCACCCCGCCACCCCUACCCCCGCCUCCCUGCCCUGCGGGGCUCAGCUGCUUGUCCGCGGCUCCCCUCCCGGUGGGGCCCUCCCAGGAGUCCAUUGAGGGGCACGGACUGUGGGGCUCUCCAUAUCCUUCCCACGUGGCCGUGUGAGGAGAAGUGUCGUUUUUUCCUGUUGGAUGCGGGAGCUGCUGGGCUGUGAAGACGCCCAGACAAGUGGAAGAGUGUUUUCUCCUCUGGCCGCCAAGCAGGCACUCUCUGCGUGGAGAGCCGCGUGAGGCCCCGGGAGCUGCGGGAGAUGAAGUUCGGCUGCCUGUCCUUCCGGCAGCCUCAUGCGGGUUUCGUCUUGAACGGGGUGAAGACCCUGGAGACGCGGUGGCGGCCCGUGCUGAGCGGCCAGCGGCACCGCACCCUGGCCGUGCACAUCGCGCACAGGGACUGGGAGGACGCGGCCUGGAGGGAGCUGCUGGCCGAGAGGCUGGGGCUGAGCCCCGAGCAGAUCCAGGCCUUGCUGCGGGACGGGGAGAAGUUCGGCCGCGGAGUGAUAGCCGGGCUGGUCGACAUUGGGGACACUUUCCCGUGCCCAGAAAUCCUAGGCCCCAGCGAGGUCGCGGAGCUGGAGAAUCGAGCCCUGCUGCCCAACCUGCGGCACAAGUACCUGACUGCGCUCGCCAACCCCCGCUGGCUGCUGCAGCCCGUCCCCGGGAGAGGCGGGAAGGACGUCUUCCAGGGGCCUGCGAGCCCAGGGAUCGCAGUUGUACUUGCCCGGUUCGCAGACGACACACGUGCGAUCCGAGGAGCCCCCUGCUCCUCACCCACCUCAGGGACCCUGUUUGUGGACGUGACUAAACGGGCCGCCAGCAGGAGGCAGAAACACCUCUAGUACAGACACACCUCCAAGUCAUAAGCUGAGGAAACCGUGGGGCUGG